UCUGUCAGACCCAGUCAACAUGACACAAUUUGUUCAUUUCCUAUUAAUUUCUUUAAUUUUAAUUAACGAAUCAAAAGGACAAUGUACACUAGAAGUAGCAAGUAUGCGUAUUAGACGACCUAUCUACGAUUUUACAGUCAAUUUAGCGACAAGACUUGCUCAAGAAAAGGAAAACCAUUUCGUGUCAUCUACGCUCUCGCAAUGGACUCUCAUUUCGGAACUAUCAUUAGGAGCUACAGAUGAAACUCUCGACGAAAUACAAAGAGUACUGAAAACUCAUAAGCACCGAUGCUUCAAUGAAAAUUAUUGGAAGAUCAUAAAAUCUAUAUUAGACACUAAUGACGUCACCGUUGCAAGGUCAUCUAUGAUAGUUAUACCUAAAGAAUUUGAAUUAAAGAAUGGAUUUACCAAAAACAUCAUAAAUACCGGACUAUGCGAAAUAUUCCCGCAAGACUUCGAGGACUCAGUUACAUCAGCUAACGCUGUAAACGACAACGUAAGUCUUGUAACGCAAGGUGUUAUUGAUGAUUUAUUGACACCUAAUGACUUUAACAGUUACAAUAUUAUUAUAAUCGACGCCUUAUACUUCAAAGGUACUUGGACCAAGACAUUUGCUACAACAAACACCGACACUGCGUCGUUUUACGAUGAAGUAGGUAACAGAGUGGGGGAAGUGAAUCUAAUGUAUGUGAAUGAUAAAUUUAAUGUGACCACAAUUGAUCAAAUAAAUGCAAAAGUUCUUCAAUUGCCUUAUGGUUCAAAUAACCAAUAUUCUAUGCUGUUGUUUCUGCCAAACGUUGGAACGCGACUUUCAUCUACUAUAUAUUCGUUAUCCAAAAUUAGUUUAGCCACUGUAUUCAAGAAGUUUGAAAUGGAUGGACCUCGAACUGUAACAGUGGAGAUACCGAGGUUCAAGAUAACAUCGGAUCUGGACAAUUUGAAGGAACUAUUGACCGAUAUGGGUUUAAAGAGUCUAUUUGACACAGGAGCAAGUUUCGAAGAGUUGUCCGAUCAAAUUCUAUACGUAUCAGACUUUAUACAGAAAGCAAGUAUUGAAGUAACUGAAGAAGGUACCGAGGCAGCCGCGGUGACUGAAGCGGGUUUGAGAUGGAGAACUUUGGAUGAGGAAUUCAUUGCGAAUAGACCCUUCUUAUUCAUGAUCGUGAAUUCUUAUAGUCAAUUACCAUUAUUUGUCGGAGCUUACUCGAAGCCUAGUGUUUAUUGA